GGUCAGGUGAAUACACCUACAUGCUAUCCAUUUGACUAGUUAAACUAGCUCCAGCAGGGCUUUAGAUUUCCCAGGUGUGUUUGAUACUGGGCAAAGUAUGAACCAGAAAGCCAAUGCACAGGAUAAAUGGGCCCAAACCGGAUGGAGAAUAGAGCAGAAGUAUGCAAACAAAGUGUUGUUAGGCAACUGGGCUGAAGAAAGACUUCAGUUCACUCGCAAGCCAAAGAUAGCCUACAGCACCAGUUGUGUAGACUACCGACCCCACUGGGAUUUCAAGCCAGACAUCUCUGAGAGAAGAUCUGCCCUGCUGAGAGCUGAGGGGCUUUCAUCUAAGAUGAUUUUUGGGCACCAUGACCCGCCAUCCUCACAUUAUCUGGUCACACAGUAUGCGGAAAGCUACGGGCGUAAUCUCAUCAAUGCUUUGCCCACUCUGCAACACAGACAUGCAGACAACUUGACACAAAAGCCCGAGAGGUCUGACCAGCUGACUUCUGCACUUCCAAACAACUUUGGCCCGCUGCAGACCACAAAUCACCAUUUUGAAAUACAGCAGUCACACCUUCCAUCUCUGACUGAGUACAGGUCAGCAUACCAGAGGCAACCACUUAGUGCCUUCUGCCAGAGCCGCUUUGCCAAGGCUUCACACAUGCUCUCCAGCCACCUCUAUGAAGCCAAUCAUAACAACAAGGAUCUGGAUCUGAGACAGAACUUGAUCCUACAAGUCCCGGAUCAUUAUUUCAGCCUAUGUCCACCAUCACAACAGGCUUAAUUUCAGUAUUGUAGCUAUGAAACUGCCUCUGAUACUGGUUAAUUUAGAAGCUGUGUUUGUGGAUUCCCUUUUUCCGUAGUUGGCAACAAGUAAAACCCUAACUCAACAAACCAUUUGGGGAAAUCAAAUGGAUUUUAAAAAAUUAAAGACGAUUCUCAUUAUCUUGUAAGGACUACUGUGGAUUUACGCUGGUGAGUUGCUUUAGCAUUUAUAUGUGUGGGAGGGAGAAAGGGAUGGGACUAUAAAUUAUCUCCACCCUUUCAGAGCAUAAUUACAUGCAAAUUCUUUCUCUGCGCAGUGUGUAUGUGAAACUGGAAAUGGGCUGUUAGUAUUACUCUAGAUACUCUGCGGGAGAAAUAAAUAAAUAAAAAUACUGUUGAUGCCAGAACUGACCUGGGUAUUUAGGUAAAACAGAAGCAAUGAGUCAUCCAAGGCAAUGUCUGAAGGGAUGUGUCUAACUCCCAUUCCAUUAGGUGUUUAAUUACAGAGAAUCAAAGUGUUUAAUUAGGAAGAAUCAAAGAUGCUUAUGUUUGAUGGUCAACCAUCUGCGUCUGCCUCCCUUUUUCCCACUUGCCUGCUGCCUUCCAGUGUAGCUCUGUUUCACCCACUGUUAGCUAGUUAGUCUCUCUACUGUGCUGCUGAUGCCUGUGUGUCACAUGACACCCUUGGGUUAUGGGAAAUCUUCAACACAACACGUCUUACCAAAGAACUGCUGUAUUUGCCUCUGAGCCACAUGAUGGUGCUAUAGCAGCACGUCACUCUCGCUGUCUUUUAAGUCCUUGCCUUUACAGUCUGUACAGUGAGGGACUUAAUUGUAAAUGAAGAAACAAUGAGGGAUUUAAUAUUUGCAUCAUUCUUAUGCAUAUUCAGUUGUUAAUGUAAUCAACACAGUAAAAUAAACCACACAUGUUUAGAUUGUGCUUGUAUUAUUCUAUUACUGUUUAUAAGUCACACAAACAGCAGAAUAGACAUCUUGUUUAAUAGAAUU